UUUAGUCGCAGUGCUGCACGUGUUUUUGUUUUUCUUUGUCUUAAAUAAAAAUUAAAUUUUUAUUAUAUUUCGUUAAUAAUAAAGAAGUAAUAUAAUUCAAAUUUGCUAGUUUUUUUGGUAGAAUUUUGAAAACAUGGAAUAUGUUGAUUUUUCUGGUGGUACCACGGCUGGUACAGCGGUAAAUAGUAAUACUCCGCAAUCUGUGAUAUUAUGUUGCGAAUGUGGUGUAGCUAUACAACCAAACCCUUCCAAUAUGUGUGUCACUUGCCUACGAAAUCACGUUGACAUCACCGAAUCCAUACCCAAACAAGCUGUACUACAUUUCUGUCGCAGUUGUGAACGUUAUUUGCAGCCACCGGGAGAAUGGAUACAAGCGGCUUUGGAAUCGCGGGAACUUUUGGCUCUUUGCCUAAAAAAAUUAAGAGGUCUUAAAGAAGUUAAACUGGUAGAUGCUGGAUUCGUGUGGACAGAGGCUCACUCCAAGCGACUUAAAGUAAAAUUAACUGUACAUGGCGAAGUAUCUGGUGGUACUGUGCUCCAACAAGUUUUCAUAGUAGAAUUUACUAUUCAAAAUCAAAUGUGUGAUGAUUGUCACCGUACAGAGGCAAAGGAUUUCUGGCGUUGUAUUGUGCAAGUUCGCCAACGGGCAGAAAACAAGAAGACGUUUUACUACUUAGAACAAUUGAUAUUGAAACAUAAGGCCCAUGAAAAUACUUUGGGCAUUAAACCCUUGCAUGGCGGCUUAGAUUUCUACUACUCCAGCGAAAAUCAUGCUCGCAAAAUGGUAGAUUUCUUGCAAACUAUGGUUCCCGUUAAAAUAACGACUUCAAAGCGUUUGAUAUCACAAGAUAUACACAGCAAUAACUUUAACUACAAAUAUACGUGGUCGGUCGAAAUUGCGCCCAUUUCGAAAGACAGUGCCAUAUGUUUGUCCAAGAAGUUGCGGCAGCAAUUGGGAAAUCUAUCUCCAAUUUGUCUAGUACAAAGAGUAGCAAGCGGAAUACAUAUAAUAGAUCCAAUGACAGCUCAGAUAGCUGAAAUUUCCGGUCUGGUAUUUUAUCGUUCACCUUUGGAUGCCAUUUGCAAUCCGAAGCAAUUGGUGGAGUACGUUGUAAUGGAUGUGGAGGUAAUAAUGGAUAAAGACCGAAAAUAUAACCCAGGCCAAGGACAAUUGUCUUUUCGUCACGUGCUCUGUGAUAUUUGGGUUGUAAGAGCUUCUGAACUAGGAAUUAAUGACAAUCCAAUACAUACUCGCUCACAUUUAGGCCACAUUCUCAAGGUUGGAGAUUCUGUUUUGGGCUAUAAUUUAGGUGAAGCCAAUAUCAACAAUAAUGAAUUUGAAAAGCUCACUGCCGAACAAAUUCCAGACGUAGUUUUGGUGAAAAAAUGUUACAUUGAUCGCCAGACGCGCUCGAAUCAGCGCUUAUGGAAAUUACGUCAUUUGGCCGCUGAAGCUACAGAUGAACGUAGUAAACAUGAUUAUCAUGAAUUCUUGGAGGAUUUGGAGGAAGAUCCGGAAAUUCGUAAGCAAGUCAAUAUUUAUCGUGAUGCUAAAAAAAUUCCAGUUGACGGCGGCGACACUUUGGGUUUUAAUGAUAAUGUUCCACGCAUAACAUUAGCUGAAAUGUUAGAUGAUUUAACUUUGGAUUGUGCCGAUGAUGAAAUGGGAGAAACUGAGGAUUGCCCUGAUGAACCCCAAUUGUAAAUAGAUAGAAAACGAUUGUAUUCUUAAUACAUACAUACAUACAUUAAUUAUUAUAUGAAUUUUGUAUAACAUUAAAUAAAAAAUAAUUAUGAAUAA